AUGCAAGGAUAAGAUCAUUAGUUAGAUUCAGCCUCAAGUAAAAAUAGGGUUCGAUUAAACAGUUCAAACUAAAAAAAAGAAAAAAAGGAGGUGUACAUUUCAGAAUCAGCUAUGUCACAGUUUUCGAAUUAGCGUAACAAUUUAGCUAGUAAAAAUUACGGAAACCAUUCAAAGCAUCUGAGCAGCACUGAAUAAAAUUCAUUAAAUUAUUAAUCUUCUACAAAGGGAACAAUUUCAAGAAGGACAAGUUAAGAAUAAUCAAAUGGAGGUUUUUAAAGUUAUAGUGCAAGCUAAAAUACUUCUCCAUAGAAUCAUUAAAAAGGUUAAACAAUGAAGAGAUUACGCUUAAUGAAAACUGCUAUAUAUGAAAAUGGUAGUCAUCAUGAAACGAAUGGUGGUAAUGCUCACGAUAACAAAGGAUUAUUCAUUUAAAUAGAUAGAAAAUUUGAUUUGAAAAAUUCAAGUGUGGUAGAAUAAAAAGACCCAAAAUGGGCAGAAUGCAAAAUAAUUGGAAGUAAUAUAUAGUCCCGUUCUAGAUCCUCUAUAUGUUCUCAUAACGGAUACUUAUAUGUUUAUGGAGGAUAUGAAUUGACUGCAGGUCCUCUUGGAGAUUUUUGGAGAAUAAACCUUUCUUCUGAGUAGUAUAUAUGGGAGAAAGUUAAAGUUAAAGGAAAAGUAAAUCCAGGACUUAAAAGUAGACACACCUCUUAAGUUUUUAAGGAUAAAAUGUAUCUAUUUGGCGGAUAGCAUGGAGCUUCAUUGAGUAGUAAUGAAAUGUGGAGUUUUGACUUUAAAACUGAAACCUGGUCUCUUGUAGUUAAUUUAGGAAAGUCAGAUUAAUGCCCACCUAGUGUAGACUCUCACAGCAGUGUUUUGAUAGGCAAUAAAAUGUACACGAUGUUCGGUUAUUUUAGUGAUUAUGGUUAAUUAUCAAACUCUGUUUAUGAAUUUAAUUUCGACACUAUGUGUUGGACUAAUAAGUUUAAGCAUCAACCCAAUGCAGCUCUUGAUGAAAAAAAGUCCUCAACUAUACCAAAAGGAAGACUAGAGUCUUCUAUUACUUAUAUUAAGAGUUAACCGUAGCUAAUCUAUGCAUUUGGCGGUUGCGAUGGAUUUACUAGACUUAAUGAUUUAUGGGUAUUUAACAUAUAAACCUGUAUGUUUUAAUUAAUAUAACCAAAAAAUUCCACUAUUCCUAAGAUAAGAAGUGGUCAUUAAUUAUUUAGCACUUAAGAUUAAAUUGUUUUACUUGGAGGUAUUCAUGAUAUUACAUGGGAAUUAGAUGAUCUUUGCAUAUUCGAUACAUAGUCUUAGAUAUGGACAAUAGUUGACUAAGAUUCAGCAAGGAGAAGAGAAAUAGUAAACUAAUCAUCUUUAUCUCCAGAUAGCUAGAAAAGAAAUUCUGGUGAGCCAAACCAAUUUAGAUCUAGAUCAAAGAAGAAAGGGUAGACUUCUUUUAUUUAAUCUCCAAAAAGAGGAUCAAAUGCAAGUCCAUAGUAAAGAAAAUCAUAUCAAAGAUCAGGUACUUUCUCGUAAGUUGAUAAAGAUAUGUUUAAUGAUGAUGAAUCCAAAAAUUCAGCAUCCCCUGGUUUGGGAAGUCCGACAAAACUGUUAGAAAAAAAACGUAAAGAAUUCCAACAACAAAAAGCACAUAUGCUUCAGAUUUUUGAAGUUAAUGGUUAAGAAGAAGACAAAUUUAAAGAUUUAUCACCAACAUCUGAAGCUAUGAAAAAUUCUCUCUUUGUAAUAGGUAAUCCUAUGCCUCACUUAAAAAUAAGGCAAGGAAAACUUACAGAUUUCGGUAGAGUUACUGUUAGCAGAUUCCUUGAGCCACUGAAUGAUUCAAAUAAUGUACGCUAAGGAAAAAAGCCUUGUGCUAGAGAUGGUCAUAGAGUCAUUGAUUUUGGGUAAGAUAAAAUCUUGCUUUUUGGUGGUGACAGACACAAUAUGUCAUUCAACGAUAUUUAUUAUUUAGAUUUAAAUAAGCUGUAAGAAAAAUAUAAACAGCUCUUAAAUAAAUGA